UCUUUCUCUCUAGCACCUCUAUGGUGUAAAUUUGCACGUGUUUUGAUAAACGUGAUAAUUAUAAUAUUACUUUGUGUUGUUAGAUUGCAGUGAAAUAAAAUGCAACACGACGAUGUUGUAUGGAGUGUCAUCAAUAAGUCAUUUUGUUCUUUUAAAGUAAAUUCAAAGACACAGAGGUUUUGCAGAAAUGAGUACAAUCUUACAGGUUUAUGCAGUAGAGCUGCAUGCCCUCUUGCAAACAGUCAGUAUGCUACAAUUAGAGAAGAAAAGGGUAUUAUUUAUCUCUACAUGAGGACAGCGGAGAGGAUACAUACACCUAAAAAUAGCUGGGAAAAAGUUAAGCUAUCUAGGAAUUUUGAGAAGGCAAUACAACAAAUUAAUGAGAAUCUACUCUAUUGGCCUGGUUUCAUAAAGGCAAAAUGUAAGCAAAGAUUUCUCAAGAUCACGCAAUAUAUCAUUCGUAUGAGAAAAUUCAGGUUAAGACGGCAGAAGAAGAUUGUACCACUUCAGAGAAAGAUUGAAAGGAGAGAAAGACGUAGGGAAGAAAAAGCUCUAAUUGCUGCAAGACUAGAAAAUGCAAUCGAGAAGCAACUUAUGGACAGACUGAAGAAGGGAGUGUACGAGGGUAUUUACAAUUUUCCACAACAAGUGUUUGAUAAAGCAGUAGAAUCUGUUGAAGUUGAAGGAGAAAGUGAAGCAGAAAAUGAACAGGACGAAGAACAGGAGCGAGAGCUUGAAAAGGAGGUGGAAAUGGAAUUAGAAGCAGAUGAGAGGGAACUCGAGCAAGAUGGUCUGCAAUAUAUUGAAGCUGAUAGUGAUGAUGAUGAAGAAUUUUCUAUGGAUGAAGAUAGUGAUUCUGGACAGAAAGAAGAAGUUGAAUUAUCGGACAGUUUUGAAUCUGCAGCCAGUGAUAUUGAAGAUUUAUUCCAACCAUCUACAAGCAAGAAAACAAAAGAGCCGAAGGUUGUGAAAAAAGGAAAGGUACAGAAAAAAUCGCGACCAAGAGUAGAAAUCGAGUACGAAAUAGAAGAAAACAAUCAACAAAAAAACCGAGCAUAGCACAAUUGUGUAAAUAUCAUAAUUAUGUCUUUAUAAUAAAAUUAUCCAAAC